CAAAAUUAUUUCCAAAUAUCAAAUUCCAAUUUCAUUCAUACAGUAAUUAACAAAAUCAAUCAAAUCCUUAUAAUCACAACGACUCCUCUUCUUCUCCGUGUGCAUGUGGCCAUGGAAGAAGCCGACUCGGCUGACGUAGCAUCUCCAUCUCGGGUCUGUCUUUCCUCAUUCUCUCCUUGCCCUCGCCGCCUUUCCACCUACUUCCCCCAGCCGAGACUGCCGGUUGUUUCUUCCUCUAGGCGGCUGGCCUGGGUGUCCCUCCAGGGGUGCCUUGUCAAUGCCGAGGAAGCCAGCUCGGCUCGUGCUAUAGGAGGCGGCUUGAGUCGAGAAGAGGCCUUGGCCUGGGAGCUCUUUAAUCCCAUUGAAAGGUUCUUGAUCGUAGCGGUGAUCGGAGUGGCAACCGUGGAGUCUAAGAAGAAUCGGCUGUUAUGCCAACUCAAAAAAUCCGUCGAGCUAAGGGAUCAGGUGCUUUCAAGCUUUCAGCAAAAGGUAGAGAAUCUCUGUGAACAGCUGAAUAACGCUGAGGAGAAACACGGGACAGGGCCCAAAACAAAAGUAGAAUCACCAUUGAAUGAAACUUUUGGCUCUGGAAUUGUAAAGUUUGUUGACUGUGGUUGUUGGAUUUGUGAUCAACACCGUGAACAACUUAAAGGUAAUUCUAUGAUGAAAACAUCUGGUGGGAAUGAGAUGCCCCAGUAUAACAUGGCAUUGCCUAAUGAGGCCGAACAAGAGGAGCGCCGCAUGUCUGAUUUAUCAGACUGGGCUUCAAGUGUCACAUCUGCAUCUGAAAUCCAGUUGAACAACCUUGCAAUAGAACAAGAUAUCUUCAACUUUAAGAGAGACUGUGAAGAAAAGGAUGCAGUAAUAAGGGAGCUAACUACUUUUGCCCAGUCGUCCAAUAUCGCUAGUUCAAAGAGGAUAUCGGAGUUGGAGGACAUUAUACGAAGGAAGAGCACAAUAAUCACAAGAUUGAAGAAGGACAUGCUGGUUCUAGAACAAAAGGUUGUCCACCUGACAAGGCUUCAGAGACCUUCCUCCUCUACCUCAAGUCCAAACUGUUGGCAAACUCCAGUCAUGACGGAUAACGUCCUUUAUGACAUGGAUAGUACUACUAGCCCUUCCUCUUCUGAUUCAGAUUGCUCACCAAAGAACUGUCCUCAAGCUCUAGUUCCUACAGAUGAGGAAGUUGAUAUAAAGAGAGAGCAGAAAUCAUCACCUGCAAAAGUUUCAAGCUCUUUUAUGAGACAAACUGAAUGGCAUUCAAAGUCUCGACCGGCUACUCCACUGAAAGAAAUAUCAACGAAUCACAAGCCUAAUACACCUUCUUCAAGGCCAAGGCAAGUAUCCGCGAUUGGAAAGUCAAAUAGGAUUUGGAGACAAGCUCAAAAUGCAUCCAAAGUUUCUACCACAAAGAAGAGAUGGACUUAGUUGCUGCACCAUUGCAUCUGUAGAGGGAUAUGUGCUGAUGUAUCCGCAAUUGAGAUUGAUGUGUAGAAGAUAUAUUAUACAGGCUAGUACAUAUCAAUAUGUUCAGAAAAGUUCUGCUUUAUAUAUUUGUGUUUAUUUCUGUUACCCUUAGUAAGUCUUCUGAAUUUCAGAAGGGUAGUAAUUUGAAUUCAGUAUGUCUUAAGAGUAUAUUUCAUGGAUGUUUUCCUGGUUAUUCUCAUACAAAAAUGCACUUAAGCAAUUAUACUAUUAUCAUGUUAGAUUUUAAGUAUUUUAGAACCAUAGCAUUCUGAACUUGGUGAGAGUUAUUUUGGAGAAAAUUAAAUGUCUGUAAAUGAACAUUUUAGGGUGAUUAAAAAUGUUUGCAUCCUUAAGGCAUCUUAUGCAAAAUUAAAUUAUUUCAUUGUAUUUCUCGCAGCAUCAACUUAAGUAGU